GGGCCGGUCCCCAUUCUAGUCGUGAGCGGAGAUGCCCGACCAACAAUACGCCGUCGGAGCCCCAGAUAUCUCCGAACGGAUGAAAAACAUGUAGUAAUGAUAAGAUAAAAAGAACAAAAAAUUCCUUCCGGCUGAUUCUGGCUAAACAUGCUGUUGUGAUCUAGCGAACUCGCCCAUUUUGCGAUGAAACUAUACAACUGUGGUCAGGAGUUCAAGGUUGGUUUCUAAUCCCCUCAUUUUUCUCGCGUUUUUCUUUGAUGCUGUCUUUUUUGCUCUCAUCUGUGGUGAUCACACUAGUCUUUGCUUUUUUAUUCUUCUUUUCUACCAGUUUUCUUGCCCCGGGCAAACGGAUCUACUUAGAGGCGUCCACGAUAACCGUCCAGGAGACAUACAGAACACCUGUGGCUCCCCCUUCGUUAUUUAUUAUUUCCUUUCUUCCUUUUCAUUUUACUUUUUGCCGCUGUGCUUUACUGCAGCCUUGCGGGAGUGGGUUUUUGGUCUACACUGUACGCAGGUGUACAUAUCAUCUCCCCAUCUGGCUUAUCCAGUUUAGAUCUGGUGUAUGUGCCAGUUAGGAUUAGUCGAAUGAAGGUACUCAUUUCCGUGGCCUACGGGUCACCACAA